AUGAGGUAUUUGAAGGCUGCUGAUAAGCUGGGAAUAUUGUUCACAGGAGGCAACAGAGAUGAGAAAGAGCCAUUGUUGGGAUUUUGUGACUCAGAUUACGCAGCUAACUUGGACACAAGGAGAUCCCAAACUAGAUACAUUUUCACUUUGUAUGGUUCAGCAGUUUGUUGGAAGUCAAGCUUACAAAAUGUGGUAGCUUUGUCAACCACAGAAGCUGAGUAUAUGGCCCUCACUUCAGUUGUGAAGGAGAGCAAGUGGCUAAUGGGACUGAUAUCUGACUUUGGAGUGAAGCAAGGCAGAGUUUGA